AUGAUUUCUUUCUUUCUUUUCAUAAUUUAUUUUCUUUCUUUAUUUCAACCUAAACUCCUGUCUUUACCCAUUUUCCUUCUUUUUUUCUUUUCUUUAUUUCAAAAAAUACUCUUUCUUAACUCCUGUCUAAUUUCAUUUUUCUUUUUAAAGUUUUAUUUUUCUUUUAUUUAUAAAUUUAUUUAUAUUAUAUAUUCUAUUUUUAUUUAUAAAAAACAAUUCUUUCUUAAAAAUUUCUUUUUUUUUUGUUUUUUUCUUUAUUUUCUUUUUUUAAAAUUUAUAUUUUCAUCCUGUUUCUUUCUUUUUCUUUCUUUGUUUCUUUCUUUUUUUUUUUUAAUUUACCUGUCUUUUUCUUUCUUUUUUUUUUUUCUUUUCUUUCUUUCAUUUUUUUUUUUCUUUCUAUCUUCUUUCUUUCUUUCUUUCUUUCUAAAAAAAAUUUCUUCUAUCAAACUGAGACAGUUAUUUGUCUGUUUGUCGAUCUAUCUGUCUAUCGCUGUUUUUCAUAUUUAUUUAUCAAACUAUCACGUUAAUAUUGAUAUCUAUCUAUCUAUCUAUCUAUCUAUCUAUCUAUCUAUCUCCGUGUUUUUAUUCCUUGAUCAUUUCCUUCUUUCUUUUAUUUAUAAAAAUUUCUUUCAAAAUUCUUUCUUUUUUUCUUAA